AUGCAUGUAAGAGACGGCUGCAAUGGCGUGGUGGCAGGGACCUCGUGGGAGCACGCUGGGCCUGCUGCCUUUGACUUUCGCAGCGAUGUCCAUACGACUCCAACAGCGGCGAUGCUUGACGCCAUCGUCAAUGCCACGCUUUUGGACGACGUUUCACGCGCCGACCUGACCACCAAUGAAUUGGAAGAAUACAUGGCGACACUCACAGGGCAUGAAUCAGCCCUGUUUGUUCUCUCGGGCACUAUGGGAAACAUUUUAGGCUUCCGCAGUCUCUUGACCCAGCCUCCCUAUUCUAUCUUAUGCGACUCCCGCGGACACAGCUUCACCAGCGAAGGAGGAGGCGCACCACUUGUCACUGGGGCUUCUUUCGUGCCUGUAAAAGCUUCCAAUGGCAUUCAUCUUACUCUUGAUGAUAUUCAAGAAUAUGUCACCCUUUAUGAUACCCGGAAUUUGUCAUCAUGUCCAACUCCGGUCAUUGUCCUGGAAAACACCCUUGACGGUCUCAUCAUGCCCCUUUCCGAGGCAAGACGGAUUUCAGAAUAUGCCCGAAAAUCCAGUAUCAAAUUGCACCUCGAUGGUGCCCGACUCUGGGAUGCUGUAACCGCCGGCGCAGGUUCUUUGAUGGAGUAUUGCAGCUUGUUCGACACAGUGACUAUGUGUUUCUCCAAAGGCCUCGGCGCACCCAUAGGUGGGAUCCUCGUUGGCAGCAAAACCACCGUUCAAUAUGCGCGAUGGUUGCGCAAGGCCUUGGGUGGCGGACUUCGAAUGGCAGGCAUACUCACGGGGCCUGCCCGUGUCGCUGUCGACGUAACAUUCAAGGGCGGUAAGAUGAGAAGGAGUCACGAGCUUGCCCGCGAGGUCGGAUCCUUCUGGGAGAGCUGUGGCGGCAGGUUGACCAUCCCGGUGCAGACCAAUAUGGUUUGGUUGGACUUUGCGGGGCAGUCUUUCGGACCGGAAGAGUUCAGGACAAGGGCGCAGCAGCGCGGUCUCGUGGUGGACUGUUUUCGACUGGUGUUCCAUUACCGUGGGUAUUUCAGUGGCUUGUAUGGCCUGCAAAGCGCUAACCUUUUGUUGAUGAUAGAGAUAUCCGACGUCGCUGUGACUGCACUGAAGGCAGUGAUGCUCGAGGUGACCUCGGAGGUCCCCUCCACAGCGCCACAAAGCGCGCUGUAG